CAAACAAAUUAUGGAAACAAAAACUCGGACACGCUCCGCGGUGUUCACCCGGCGAUCGGCCCUUGCCCCUUGGCUCCUGGGUUACCCCAACGUAGGCCACACCCACGAUUCGAACUCCGUCGUGGCGAACCCGAGAGCAUCGUCGGCAUCCAGCUUCAGCUCCUCUACGCAUCUGGACAGCGUGUCGGCCACAACGUUUUCGGAUCCCUUCCGGUGCGCUAUCUGGAAGUCGAAGCUCUGCAACCUGAGUGACCAUCGUGCCAGGCGCCCACUAAGGUCUUUCAUGGUCAUCAGCCACUUCAGACUGGCGUGGUCGGUGAUGACCGUGAACUGCAUCAGUUCCACGUAG